AGGCCGGCCCCGGGGGGGAAAGGCCUCAGCUCUCGAUUGAGGCUGCCUGGCGGGGGCGGCGGCCGCCCGCCCGUUAUUGCCGUUGGCGCAGCGGCCCUCGGCUCCGCCGCCGUCAUGUGGAGAGCAGCGGCCCCGCUGCGGGCCCUGUGCCGCGCCCCGCCGCCGCCCCCCGCGCCCCGCCGCCGGGCCGCGAGCGUGGCCGUGACCCCCGCCGCCGGGCUGGCGGACGAGCGGGUGGACACCCGCGUGGCGGGGCUGGCCCCGGGGCAGCCGGUGACCCUGCGGGCCGUGGUGUCGGACGAGCGCGGCUGCCUCUUCCAGUCGUGCGCGCACUACCGGGCGGACGGCCGCGGGCAGCUGCACCUGGGCACGGACGCCUCGCACGGCGGGAACUACACGGGCGUGGAGCCCAUGGGGCUCUUCUGGAGCCUCGCCCCCGCCGGCAUGGAGAGGCCGUACCAGCGGCUCGUCCCCCGCAGCACCGGCACGCCGAUGAAGGUGGAGAUGCUGGUCCACCAGGGCCACAGCCAGCCCGGCGCCAUCCACGGGCCGGUGAUGGCCAAGGCCGAGGUGGAGCGGUGGUUCACGGCCCCCGGCGUGCGGAGGAUCCGGCUGAAGGAGGGAGGCGUGAGGGGCUCCCUCUUCCUGCCGAAGGGGGAUGGCCCCUUCCCAGGAGUGAUUGACAUGUAUGGUGAUGAAGGAGGUUUGAUUGAAUUUAGAUCCAGUCUCCUGGCUACCCGUGGUUUUGCUGCACUUUCUCUGCCAUAUUUUGACUUUGAAGAUCUGCCCAAGGUCAUGAAAGAGUUUAACCUCGAGUACUUUGAGGAGGCAGCUAGAUUUCUACAGCGUCACCCAAAGGUGAAGGGGCCAGGAGUUGGAGUGAUUGGGACUGGGAAGGGGGCAGAACUAGCGCUCUCCAUGAUCACCUUCCUGCCAGAGGUAGUGGCUGCUGUCUGUAUCUCUGGCUGUAGUUCGAACACAGUUGCUGACCUCCACUAUGGUGAGAUGACUCUGCCCGGGCUGCGUUUCGAUAUGAAUAAGGUCAGUGUUUCUGACACCGGUGUGUUUGACACCUUUGAAGCUCUGGAUGACCCAACAAAUCCCGCUAAUUCUCCUUGCGCAAUCCCCAUUGAAAAAGCAGAAGGUCACUUUCUCCUAGUGGUAGGGGAAGAUGAUCGAAUGUGGAAGAGCUCCUUAUAUGCUCAGCUGGCGAUUGGGCGUCUGCGCCAGCAUGGGAAAGAAAACUUUGCACUGCUGAGUUAUCCUGGAGCAGGUCACCGAAUCGAUCCUCCUUCUACUCCCUUUUGUCAGGUGGCUGUGGAUCGUGUUCUGGGGGUGCCCGUUCUGGGGGGUGGAGAGAGCAAAGCACACGCCCAUGCCCAGGAGCACUCCUGGGGAAAGAUUCAGGAGUUCCUGCACUUGCAUCUGGGAUGAACACUUAAGCACCUGUAAGUUGUUGCUGCUGAGCUUGAGCCACCAGAAUGACUGGAGGGACUGGCUGAGAAAAGGUCUGAAAUGUGAAAUAACCAAAUGACAGUUGCAUCCAAACAAGAAGGGAUUUAUGUGGGCUAGCCAAAGUUAUUUUAAGUAGGUACAUGGAGGAGAAGUGACCCAAUCAUAAGCAGGCUACAUUGUAGUACAGAUUUGAUGGCCUGAAUUGGUCGUGGCACCAAGAAACAAGUGUCUGAAGAGAGGGGUAGGUUCUGUCUGGCUUGCAAUAGUUGCAACUCACAGAACUGCACUGCAGCCUGUGCCCCUAGAAGUGACAGACUGCUUCCACCUGGCGGAACAACGGCAACCUGUGGAUGAGAGACCUGGACGUCGAAAUGAUGAAUGAUCCUGGCUGGGGGCUGUCAGUUACUUCAGCCUGGAGCUCUGAUUUAUAGCCCAUUACCUUGGAAGUGUUUUCCAUCUGCACAAAGCUGGAGAGCUGUAUUUGUAGUGAGUCUCUUGACCUCAGAGCGUGGUCUUCUGACAACAGUUGGAAACAGUCUUGGUUUUGUCUGGCAACAGUUGGGUGUUAAAGGGGGAGAACAAAGAGUACUUUCCCGGUCAUCUAGGGGAAUGGCAGCACCAGUGCUGUCUGGUGUUAGGGAUGUCAUCAUACAACACCUUGGAUUAGCAGUUGACAGAGCAUGAAAAUUCUGUUAGAUAGCAGAGUUAAAUGCAGUUAUGCCAUGUGCAAGUCUUACUUCUCUCUUCACCACUUGUUUUGAACUAAGAACAAUUACCAUUACGUUAGGGAUUGUGAAACUCUUUGGUAAUGAUGUCAACAUAUGGUGACAGCUGUUCUUGGGGAGGAAGCUGAGUUGAGAGAAAAGCUGAUGAGUAGAAGACUGUAAGGUAGGCUGUAAAAAAAAAAAAAAAAAAAGCUUUUCCAGGAUUUCUGUCCCAGGGCCACCCAGGAUUGUUUUUUGUCAUAAUUAAUUUUUAGCUAGUGCCUUAUUUUUCCCUACCACUCAGGUAGAAAAAAACAUUUUUUUUCCCAAAAAACUUGAUCUCUUGCAAGGGUCUUGCCAGUUCCGAAGGCCUGGCUAGCAAGGGUUAAACUGAUGCAAAUCUCCUUCCAAGGUCACUUUAUCAGACCAGUUUGAGAGCUGCCCAGGAAGAAACAAAAACUUCACUUACGGCACUGAAUUUGGCUUUGCUCUCAGGGAUCUUUUCUCUCCAGUUGACUGCCAAUUAUGUUCAGGUCUCUUUAGCUUUCUGCAGCUCAUAUUACUCCUUACCAUUUGAGUGAAAUCACACUUCCUCCAUAUAACGGCACUGCCUAUUGAAUAAUUGAUCCAUCCACUCCUUAGAAGAGAUGCUCCAGCCAUUUCACUCCACACACAACCUCUUCACACCUCCUCUCACCUCUGCCUGAAGGGACCUUCGCAGAGCCCUGCCUGGUGCUUCAGCCUCCCUUGGUACUGCCUGUCCCGGGAGCCCAGGACCACAGCCUGCUGUGAUGUGCACCUUGCUGGUGCUCAUCUGUAGCACCCUGCCUUUUUUACAAGUUGAAGCUGUAAAGGGUUGUCUGCAGGCAGUUUUUGUUUUUGUUGUGUCUGUCCUUGUCAUGUGUAUCCACAGCAGUUGGACUUUCUGCGAUGACUGACUGGGGUAGAGCAGUGCUGCCUGUAACUCGUGUUACCCUCCUGGUGCUGAUACCCGUGUCUCCAUAUGGCAGUGCUACCGCAGCACAUCUACGGCUGUGCAAGAUGGCAAGCUGCAGAUUCAGGAAGUAAAUGCUGACUGGGAAAUAACAAAAAGCAGGUAGCUUAAAAGUCCCCAAACCUUUUAAAAUAAUUCUUAGAUAUUGUUAGAUAUCUGCAGCUUGAAAGAUAAGUCAACCACUUAAAAGUUAUUAAAUAGAAAGCCAAUGUAAGAAUUUGACGUUUGGUUUUCAUUUCUAUGUAGGUCACUUGUUAAAAAAGCUGAACAUUUUUUUUAUUAUAAUGUUAUUUGUUAACACCUUGUAAACCAGGGAGGGAAAAUAAAGCUUUGUGAACAGGUCAGAAUAUUCCUGGACGGAACAGUCCAAAAACUGCCCUACGGAAAA